AAGGAAAUGGUGGGAGUUGAACGUUCACCUGAGCAAGGCAGACCGACAUCGGAAUUGAACAUUUUAUAUGGACGAUUUGCUAGUCAGUGGUACCCCGUGCAUUGGCGACGUUUUUCCUGUGAAUCGUGCGUGAUUUGGAGUUUUUCGUUAUUAUACUUAUUUAGUUUAUCAGUUGUUGCAUUGUGACGUCUCGUCGUUGGUGCAGAUAUCGGGUACCCAAAGCUGGAACUUGUUAUUGAUUGUUAUCGCAAUUAUGGCUCGUUUUUAAGAUGAGCUUUCCAUCAGCCCUUUUCCAUGGAAGAUCUACGUUAUAGGCCCUUCAGUAACAUGCGCCUCAAUGCCGACUCAAUGGAGAGUCCCGACGAAAACCAUGAAAUGCUUGAAACGGAAAACAGAGGCGUGGCCGGACGAGUGGCCGACCUCGAGAGGAAAGUUCUGGAACAAGGCGAUGAAUUGGUGUGCCUUAAGGCCACCUUAGCUGAGGUGCUGCGCAGACUGAACGUGUUGGAGGGAAUGAGGAACGCCUCCUCUCUCCAGUCAACCCCAUCUACUCCCGUGAGGAUCAACGGUAACGCCUCCUACAAGGACCUGUUGAGGAACAAGUCCAUCAGCUACUCGGCCUCCAAGGCGGAGAAUGGCGGAAGAAAGUACGCGCCGUCCUCGUUGCCUCAAAGACGAGCCGUCCAUUAUCAGUCCACAGGUAGCCUGCACUCGGACAGCCAAAGUUCCAGCAGUGUGAGCCCCAUUCCAUCGCCUUCUCCCAGGGCUACGCCCCAGCCUUUGAACGUGCGCCGGCCUUUAUCAGUUACCAGCACCAGCAGUGGCUCAGGAACGGUGGCUCCGAGCCAAACUUUGCACAAAAGGUGGAGUUCGACGGGGGAUUUCAAUCAAAGCGGCGCCACAGGAAUACGAAGCAAAUUUUCCACCAAGUCAUUCAUGAACCUAUUUAAAUCUAACGCUAGUUUAAGCAGUCCCAACCUUAAGCACGGGAUGAAAGAAGCCAUUUUCAAUGAAGACGACAAGACGGUGAAGAUCUUCAUGAAGGGCAGACCGGUGAUUCUUCACGCGCCCACUGACCUGGCCGAUUCCUACGAAAUCACCAAGGUGUCAACAGCGCCCAUGCAACGAUUGAAGCUGGAUUGGGUUUACGGCUACCGCGGCAGAGAUUGUCGAUCGAAUCUGUACUUUUUACCCACUGGGGAAAUGGUUUAUUUCGUGGCCGCAGUGGUCGUGCUCUACAAUGUGGAGGAACAAAAUCAGCGCCAUUAUCUGGAACACACUGACGACAUCAAAAGCCUGGCCAUUCAUCCGAAUAAAAUGCUGGUUGCCACUGGGCAGAGCUGUUCCAGUCACGAUAAGCUUAAUGGCCGGGCCCAUAUCCGAGUGUGGAACUCCGUCUCCCUUCACACUCAAGCCGUGAUUGGUAUGAACGACUUCGAGCUGGCCAUUUGCUGCCUGUCGUUUUCCCGAGCCGAUGGAGGCUCCCUGUUGGUGGCCGUGGACGAUGCCCCCGACCACAGCAUCUCAGUCUGGGACUGGCAAAAGGGCGAAAACGGCUACAAAAUCACCGAAACCAAGUGUUCGGUCGAUACAAUCGUGGCCGCCGAGUUCCACCCUCUGGAACGGAACACCAUCGUCACUUGCGGCAAAUCGCACAUCGCCUUUUGGUCGCUGGAUGCCGGAGGGAUGUUGUACAAGCGAAUGGGGAUCUUCGAGACGCGAGACAAGCCCAAAUAUGUUACUUGUGUGGCCUUUUUGCAAACUGGGGAAACCAUCACUGGCGAUUCGAAUGGUUCUUUGGCGAUUUGGGGCCGCGGCACCAACACUCUGUGGAAACUGAUGAAGAACGUGCAUGAUGGGGGCAUUUUCUCGAUUUGCGUGCUCAAGGAUGGUAGUGUCAUCACCGGAGGCGGCAAAGACAGCAAAAUUAUUCAGUUCGACCACAAUCUGAGCCGAACUGGGGUGGUUAGCCAGAUUGCCCACCACUAUGGAGGAGUGCGAGUGAUUUCCGAAGGAAGGGGCUCUCAACUUCUACUGGGCACGACCAGGAAUUGCAUCCUAAAUGGCAACCCCGAAAUGGGCUUUCAGCCCAUUGUUUUAGGUCACAGCGAUGAUCUUUGGGGGCUAGCGCCCCAUCCCAGCAUCCCGCAAUUUGCUACUGUGGGCUUUGAUCGAGUGCUCCAGCUAUGGGAGUCCAUGUCUCAUAGCAUUUUAUGGAGCAAAGACAUUGGGGAACAAGCUCAGAGCGUGGCCUUUUCCCAGGACGGUGCCGUCAUCCUAGUGGGUUGCGUGAAUGGAAAGUGGAUGAUUUUCGACUCCCAAACGCGCGAGCUGUUAGGCCACCAUACGGACGGUAACGAGCCUAUUCAGGUGAUCAGUUUUUCUCCGGAUGGAAGCAUGGUGGCGUUGGGUUCCAGAGACAAUCACAUCUACGUCUACCAGGUGUCUGAUGAUGGCAUGAAGUAUAGCCGAGUGGGGAAAUGUUCUGGACAUUCCAGCUUUAUCACUCAUGUGGACUGGGCGGAAGACAACCAAACUUUGAGGAGCAACUCUGGGGACUAUGAGCUCUUGUUCUGGAACGCAGGAACUUGCAGGCAAAUUCCCCAGGCCAGCUUGAUGCGGGAUGUGGAAUGGUCGAGCAACACUUGCACGUUGACGUUCACCACUGUGGGAAUUUGGCCGGAAAACGCCGAUGGUUCGGAUGUGAAUUUCUGCGAUCGCAGUCACGACAGGAAACUGCUGGUCUCGGCAGACGAUUUCGGCAAAGUCAAACUCUUCAGCUACCCGGUCUGCCAGCCAAAGUCUCUUUGUCACACCUACUCAGGACACAGCAGCCACGUGACUGCAGUGAGUUUCCUGCAGGACGAUUCCCGAGUGGUUUCUACGGGGGGACGAGAUACCGCCGUCCUGCAAUGGACAGUUUCCUAAAAAUGUCCCGACCUUUUCCAGCUGAGUCUGUCCGCACGAGGCCUUAUUUCUGUAUUGGAAUUUACACUAGAUCUAUAUGUAUAAAUCUAAGAUUAAAUUAUUCUGCGACUGUUCCACCUGCUACUCUAAGGAUCUUUUAAUUAACCGAAAUUGUGCCACUGUUAUAUUUUAUGACAUUAUAUUAUAUUUUUAUUAAAAGCGAAAACUCUUGUAGUCACUUAGUUUUGUUUCAACUUAUCUACUUUUUAAUCAUACUUGUGUAUUAUUUAGUUCCAGAACUCUGUUUAUGUGAUAAUACAAAUUAUGUCCUACUU